UGUUGGUGGGUUGUCAAAGGAGCCAGUUUUCGCGAACGAAGAUUGCAGAGACGUAGAGAGGGAGAUACUUUCAAGGUCUUGCAAUUACAGUUUUCCUGUGACCGAGCGCACUGACGGGAAGAUGCCUUUGGGAGAUGAUGGAAUCACCUGGAAAAAGAAAACUUCCGACAUUAAGGACAUCUACGACUUCAAAGAAGUCCUGGGGACGGGUGCCUUCUCGGAGGUAGUUCUGGCCGAGGAGAAGAGGACUCAGAGGCUGGUGGCCAUCAAGUGCAUCCCCAAGAAAGCUUUAGAGGGGAAGGAGAACAGCAUCGAGAACGAGAUCGCUGUCCUGCACAAAAUAAAGCAUGGCAACAUUGUUUCCCUGGAGGACAUUUUUGAGAGCAAAUCCCACCUCUACCUCAUCAUGCAGCUUGUGUCUGGCGGGGAGCUCUUUGACAGAAUCGUGGAGAAGGGCUUCUACACGGAGAAGGAUGCCAGUAAACUCAUUCAACAGAUCCUGGAUGCUGUGAAGUACCUCCAUGAUAUGGGCAUUGUGCACAGAGACCUGAAGCCAGAGAAUCUGCUGUACUACAGCAUGGACGAAGACUCCAAGAUCAUGAUCAGCGACUUUGGGCUGUCCAAGAUCGAGGGGUCCGGCAGUGUGAUGUCCACAGCCUGUGGGACCCCUGGAUACGUGGCUCCGGAGGUCUUGGCUCAGAAGCCGUACAGCAAGGCGGUGGACUGCUGGUCCAUAGGAGUCAUCGCGUACAUUCUUUUAUGUGGGUAUCCUCCAUUUUAUGAUGAAAAUGAUGCCAAGCUCUUUGAGCAAAUCUUAAAGGCAGAGUAUGAGUUUGACUCUCCAUACUGGGACGAUAUCUCAGAUUCAGCCAAAGACUUCAUUGUUCAUCUCAUGGAGAAAGACCCCAGGAAGCGGUAUACAUGUGACCAGUCACUGCUGCACCCCUGGAUUGCCGGGGACACUGCCCUGGACAAGAACAUCCAUGAAUCCGUCAGCGCUCAGAUAAAGAAGAACUUCGCCAAGAGCAAAUGGAAGCAAGCCUUCAAUGCCACGGCGGUGGUCAGACACAUGAGGAGGCUCCAGCUAGGCACCAGCCAGGAGGGCCCCAGCCAGAUCACGCCCACCAGCCCCUGCCAUGGAAACCUGCUCCUGCCUGAGGAAGAGGAAGAUGAAGAGACCUCCUCAGACCGUGUUGGGGACUGUGCCAAAACCGACUGUGGGAGCCCUGAACAUGAUGGCGUCCAGAACUGCACUUUCCACAGCAACCCAGCCAGCCGGGUCUGAGCAGAACCGCGUCGCCAUGGCAGCCCUGUUUUACUGCAGCCCAGAACCCCAGUCUGGCCAGGAAUACUGAGAUAUUCCAGCUGCCCCCACCAGGGUGCGCUGCUGUGUAAAAUAUCCAGGGUGGGGAGGGACUCUGUGCCAGUGGAGGGAGUCGCUAGGAGAACGUUGAUACGGGG